UGACGUGAGAGAAAGAGCUAUAUAUAGCAGAGUUAUACAUAUAUAGGGAGGCAUCGGCCAUUUUGUUAGUGUGUGCACACAUAUCGUGGAUUGUGGACCACGGUAAACGCGAGGUUGACCAUAGCAGCAGGAGUUGGCUGCUAAACACUUGCAGCAGCAACAUUAUAGUGAAUCAGUCCGCGCGACCAGUGUGUAUAAACGUAGGUGUUCACGCGUCGAGUCGAAUCGAGUCGUUGCGUGUCGCGAGAACCUCGCGAGUGGCAGCUGCAGGAGUUGGCGUGUGUAAAGUACGCCGAGGGGUCGCCGCCACCACUGCCACCGCCGUUGCUGAGGAUACCUAUAUACACAUAUAUACUCAUCUAGUCGCACAUUCCUCUCCUCCAGAGGCAAUUUAAAUCUGCACCACAGAUAUUGAAGGCAGUGUAUAGUGCCGCCGCAUACAAUAUAUUAGUUACGUAUGCGUUGCUGUUGCUACAACUACUACUUUAGCUGGGUUGACUCUGCAGCAGCGACAUAACCGUUGCGCCAAAGCUUCCCGGUUAAGCGCACGCAUCUCACGAGUGUAGCAGAGCCCGCAUAGCCAAGCAUGGAGGAGAAGGCGUCUCUCAAGGAGCUCGACCAGUGGAUCGAACAGCUGAACGACUGCAAACAACUGACGGAGAGCCAAGUCAAGACGCUCUGCGACAAGGCAAAAGAAAUUCUAGCAAAAGAAUCCAAUGUGCAAGAGGUGAAAUGUCCUGUAACAGUAUGCGGAGAUGUGCAUGGGCAGUUUCAUGAUUUAAUGGAACUGUUCAGAAUAGGUGGAAAAUCCCCAGACACGAAUUAUUUGUUUAUGGGUGAUUACGUUGAUCGUGGCUAUUAUUCUGUUGAAACUGUCACGCUACUUGUAGCACUUAAAGUGAGGUACAGAGAAAGAAUAACCAUCUUAAGAGGCAAUCAUGAAUCCAGACAAAUUACACAAGUUUAUGGAUUUUAUGAUGAAUGUCUUCGUAAAUAUGGAAAUGCAAACGUCUGGAAGUUUUUUACAGACCUCUUUGAUUAUCUACCCUUGACUGCACUUGUAGAUGGUCAGAUAUUUUGCUUACAUGGUGGACUUUCUCCUUCUAUUGAUACAUUGGAUCAUAUUCGGGCACUAGAUCGUCUACAAGAAGUACCACAUGAAGGACCCAUGUGCGAUCUUUUAUGGUCAGACCCUGAUGACAGAGGGGGAUGGGGCAUUUCUCCUAGAGGAGCUGGGUAUACUUUUGGCCAAGACAUUUCGGAAACAUUUAAUCACUCUAAUGGCUUAACACUUGUAUCGCGAGCUCAUCAACUGGUUAUGGAAGGCUACAACUGGUGUCAUGACCGUAAUGUCGUAACCAUAUUCUCGGCACCCAAUUACUGUUAUCGUUGUGGUAAUCAAGCUGCAAUCAUGGAAUUAGAUGAUGCUUUGAAGUAUUCAUUCCUCCAAUUUGAUCCAGCACCAAGACGCGGUGAGCCACAUGUCACUAGGCGAACGCCAGACUACUUCCUGUAAGGUGUGGAACACGAGGAAGUGGACUCAAAGGUAGGGGAAUGGAAUGAUGCUGGCUUUAUAGAGAUGCCACAAAAACGUAACCUUUAUUAAGAAAAAAAAAAAAAAAAAAAAAACAAACAAACAAACAAACAACAUCUGUACCUUUAACCGUUAUUGUAAACGGCCAAAUAAAGAAAGUGGUCAAGUUUUCAAACCCCGAAUGAAUGUUAACUUAUUGAUGGGCGAUAAAACAACGUCUGCCGAAGAUAUACGUGUCGACUUUUCCUAAUUGUAAUACAAAGCUGACUGUUGUCAUUGAAAUGGUUACUGAAUGAGAAGAAAAGAAAGAUUAAAAUAGCUGUAUUUAAGAGAAGAAAAAAAAGUGAUGGAAUAAAAUAUCUUACGUUUUAACUGAUGUGUGAUAAAAGAGUGAGAUUUUUCUCCAAGUAAAGGCAUGUGAAGUAUAAGAGGGUUGAUGCAAUAGUGAUUUCCAUCCCAGUUUUGCCACUACUUUAUACGUCAUUUUUAAAUCCAAGUAUUUGUAUUUAUUACUACUUCUUUUUCACGAUUGUGAAACACAAUGUUAUUAGAGUUUAAAAUAAAAGUGGCUGUUAUGUGUGGCUGCUGUAAUAUACGAGAUUUUUGUAACGUAAAUCGGAACCUCAGUGGACCAUAUGUUCUUUAUCAAAGUUUUUCAUUUCGAUACUUUUGUUUUUAGCGCGACAGAAAAAUUAUCUGAUCGAAUUUAUUUGUGAAUAAAAAUCAAAUUUUAUACCUUACGCUCCUUCUCUCUUUCUUAUUCAAUCGAUAAGAAGAAUAAAGGAAGAGUUUUGUAAUGUACUUUUUCUACUUAAGAAAAGCUUUUUUAAUGCAUUGUUAUUUAAAACUCUCAAGCAUUUACUUUAUUCGUCUUUCGUUGUGUUACACACUGGACUAUUGAUGCAUUGGAAUAAAUAAAGAAUUAAUGCUCUUAUCAGAAAUUGUAAGUUUUUAUGAAUUCUAUACCACUUGACCACACAUUGUCGCAACGAGAGGGAUAAAGACACCUCGUGGCACUUUUGCAUCAAUCCCCAGAAAUGAAAUUAAUUUUUUUUAAAUCAACGCCUAACGAUACUAUCCUUUCAUCAAUAAUUAUAUCUUACCAAAAGUUAUUGGUUCGUUUUACACAACUUUUUACCAAUUUUAAAAAUUCAUACAAAAAUGAUAUCGAUUAAUAAAGUUUUCGACUUGAGCGGAAUUGAUUUAUAUUUAUUAUUCUAAAUCAUUUUAGGCUAAGUAAUGUGUACAUGUGUACCAUGAGGUAACCUGUCGAUGCGAUGUAUCUAUUUUUCUUUUGUCAAAACGUAAAAACUGAAAACAUACCGUAUUCAUUGAAAUAUUCAUUGAAGUAGAAAAAAAAGACAGGUGAAACACACAUGCUAACAUAUUGAGAUAAAAUAAUGUUAAGACUGCAAAUUUGAUAUUGUAUAAUGACGAUGAAUUGACGUUAAUAGAGACCCUAGAGUGAUUGUUUUCAAAAAAUAUGAAAACAAAAAAAAAUAAUAAAUAAAUUUAAAAAAUUACUGUAACAAUCUCUAAAUUGAUAAAGUGCCGAGGCAAGCGCUAAAUAAAAGAUAUGCGAAGAACCACACAAAUAAUAACAAUUUAUCAAGACUGCGAAUCGAUCAAAUUGAAAUAACUGAAAAGAUAACAUUUUCUCAACUCUAGUGUGUCCCUUUCUAUUACCUCUAUCAGACACCUAUAUACUAUCGAGCAUAAAGUUAAUUUUCAUUGAAUGCGUGUACUUGUUCUUGGAAAAAUUUCACAGAUUUAUACAGAAACAAAAAAAAAAUGUGAAUUCAAUGCAGUUCUUUUGACAUUGAUGUUUUCAACACUUUUUUGUGCACUUGUCACUUUUGUAUGAACAAAUCUUUAAAUAAGAGUUUUUUCAAAAUAAAAGAAAAACAAAAAAUCAAUUUAAUGAUGAAACAAAAAAAGGUGUUUUCAGUAAAAUUAUAUUUGUACCCGGGUGUAUUUCUGUUAAAUCUUUUACAUAGCUGAGAAAGAAGCAAUAUUAUUAGAAACGACCAUUCUAAGAGAAAGAAACCCAUGGGUAAAGGUCAUUUAGUAUUACAUAAUUAACAAUCUAAAAAUGAGUUGAGUAGCAGUACAACAUCAUAAUAAAUGAUUUAAUAGUCAUGUAGACGUUGUAUAGUUUUUUAUUUGUAACGCACGUGUAAGAAAUGAAAAGGUAGAGGUGGAGGAAAUGAAAAAUGCGAGAUAGUGCGCUUUGACGUGCCGUUGAAGCACGAGGAGUUUUUUUAAAUUGUAACAUAAUUUUAUUUUAAAUAGGUAAAUUGAUAAUUUGACAAAUAACCACUACAAAGCGGAAAGCUUCGAAAAUCGAUGUAGUGAUUAAAUAAAAAUUUUGUGCUUCAGCUUGUAUUAAAAAAAUUGAAGAGAGAGAAAGAUGCAAUACACAAGAUUUUCAUAUUUUUAUGAGCGAGCAAGUUGACUAGUUGACCUGAGCACACGCCCAACUAAGUAUAAAUCGUAUCAUCUCAUUUUUCUCUUUUGAGUUCGAGCAUUUAAAUGGAAAUAAAAAAAAAAAAAAAAAAAAAAUAAACUGAAUAG